AUGAAAAUAUUUAAUAAGUGUUUUUUUUAUACUUAAUACUUAAAGAUAUAUUUAGAGAUAAAAUAAAAGAUUUAUUGUUUAAGGUUGUUAAAACUUUUUAGUAAGUAAAGAAGUAAUAAUUUAAAAAGUUUCUUUUACGAUCCACUUAACUUGAAAAUUAAUUUAUUUUACUUGAGUCAUUUAGUUUAAUUUUUGCUGACUUCCCAAUUAGCAAAUUCAGUUUUGAUUUUCGUUUGCUGACACGCAUCAAUGAGACCUACUUACGACAAGAAAAAUUUGUUAAUUCAUUGUGACCUAAAUCCGUGUAUUAUCAAUCUUAAUUAACAUAAAAUUUAUUUACAAAACCAUAUCUAGGCACAUAUUAUGUUAAAGUUGAGAUUCAAUAAAAUUAAUUUUCUUAUAUGUAAUAAAACUAAUACAGCAAAAAAGACAUUAAAAGUGAACGAAAAGAAUAUUUCGUCCAUGCAACAUUGCCAUGUGCGCAUGCUUGUCUCUUAAAGAGAAAAAGAAUAAAAGGAUGAAAUUCAUGAGUCGUUUCAUUGUUGAGUAAGAACUAUUGGAUUGAUAAGAGCGCAAAGAGAAUCAAUUUUAUUUUUUCCAGAUGUGAUAAUUUUCAAAACUUUGGAGUUUUUUAAUGACAGAACAGAGGAGUGUACGAUUAAUUAAAAUGAAUAUAUUUUUCUCAAGUUUUGUUAUGUACAUGAUAUUACUUGCAAAUACUGUCGAGAUUUUGACAGAGAAUAAUGAUGGAAAAUUGUCUGGAGUAAUAUUAUCGAAAGAAGAAUUGCAAUCAUACUUCCGAGUAAAAAGAGCCACAUCUGACGAUGCAAGAUCUGAAUUGAUAAAUCGUGAAUUCGACAAAAUAAUUGAAUUUAUCAAUGUUUUGGACGAAGUGGAUAAUUUUAUUUAUGAUAAGACAAAAACUUUUGUUCGCAAACUGAAUGCAAUGUACGACGUGGAUGAGACCGAAAGAUACCACAAAUCUCGUUCUAUAUCAAAUCCUAAUAUUAAAUAAUUUAAAUAAUAAUUAACGUUGUAAAACAUUAAGAAUUUGUAAAUUAAUUAAUCUUUUUCGUAUUGUAUAAUUGUAAAAUGUGCAGUUUGUACGCAUUAUAUAUUAAACACUAAACAUUUAGACACAAUUGAUAAUAAGAGUGAACUAAUAAAUUUUUAGUCUUUAAAUAUCCCAGAAAGAAUCCGAAAUUUCAGAUCUAAAAUGUUUGACGAAUAUUGUACAACUAUAAAUUGAAUGAUUGAAAUAUACACACCGACAUUGAUUUAGAUUCUA